AGCAUAUAAUGCCAUCAUCUAAUUCGAUAACCCUACAUACAUAUAAUAUCAUACCAGAAAAUCUAUAUGAUUGUGUAUAUAAUAUAAUACGAGAGGAAGAAAAUUCGUAGAAACUUAGCGCCCUUCGAUUUCAUUGACUUUACUGCUUCGCCCAAUCAAACCAAAUUAAACAGCUUCCUCUCCCUUUAAUUAUUUUCUUCUCUCUAUCUGCAUCAAUUUCAUGUUCCAUAUAUAACACACACACCUCUGUUCUUGGAACUCACCCCAUUUCAAUGACCAUGGACCGAUCACAACCGAGCUCCGACUCGCCGACGCGAGAGCCGAAAUCUCCGGUUGUCCUCUCCAUCGAGUGCCUCAAGGGUACCUCUAAAUCCGACGAGUGGACCGACGACAUGCUCCAGACCGGAGACAUAGUCGAGGAGCUCCGUAUCGGCACCUCCGUCACCGUCAAGUCACCGUUCAAAAGCGGCCGGAGCGGCAUCCAGAAGAUUCUUCACGCUUCCUUCAAGGCCAAGGACACGUCCAUCCAUGUUAGAGUCCGGCGCGGCCGAGAGGACUUCACGGAGCUGCAGGCUUGUAUCGUCCCCAACGACUCUGCCGGGAAAAAGGUCUACAUGCUCCGGUCCAUUUCCGAUCCCAACUACGCCGUUGGGUUCUGCGAUCGAACCGAAGCCGACUGCUUUGAACUACAAGCUUCAAGGAACGACCGGAUGGUUAGUGCACUAACCAGGACUAAGCUUCAAGAUGGAUAUGUUGCAUAUCCUUGGGAAAGAAGGAUGCAGGAAUUGCUUCCAAUUCCCUACUCUAGUGGCUUCCUUUCAGUUCUCUUCCUUCCGAAGGCUUCUGAUCGGGCAGCUUCACGCUACAACGAUUUGGAUGACACCCUUGCUCGGGCAAAUGUCUGGCUCAAUGCCUCCCAGGCUUCCGGUGUCCCUGUCGUCUUUAUGAACAUCCAGACCGAGUCCCUUCUUACCAAGAUUUCCGGAGAGACAGCUUCUUCAACUGUAAAUGCAGGGUCAUUAUCCGAUUUGGCUAAUCUUGCAAGUGCAAGCUUGUAUGGUUUUGAAGAUUACCACGGGGUUGACAUUGGUGUUGUCCGAGCUGUUCGCUUAUGGUAUGCUCCUCUUGGUCUAGAAAUUCCAGUCGAGAUCAAAUUGCAAGAAGGAGACAUCAAACUUGGUUUUGCCAUUAGUCGAACAGAAGAGGGUUUUAUAUACGUAUCAUCAGUGGCUGAUGGUGAUGAACAUGCACCUUCAAGUCGAUCAGGUCUGAGCAAUUUGUACAAAGAAGCAAUGAAUGCAUCAAGGCUGCUGGUGGUAUCUAGGGUCUCAAACCAAAAGGUGCUCCCUUGGAUGGUUUCCUCAACAGGAGCAGUUCGAUGCUACGACACCGUUUCACUCAGCCAGAAGCUCUCACUGCACCGUCAUGCCAAUAUUCCGGUAUCCAUUCACGUUUUUCACUGGGAUCGAACAUCAGUUGGUUCGAACACAAACCAAACAAGGAGGACCUCCCCACCAACUAUGCCAUUACCACUGCCGCCUGAAGUUCAAUUAUCUCGUCAGCCUAACGAGAAUCAAGUACAACCUCUACCAUUAGAACUUUCUGAUGAACGAUUAUCAGAGAGGCUUCAGAGAGAUACAGCUGGGGAGUCCUCUUUUAGAUUCCAUGAUUUUGCAAAAUCUAGCAAUUGGGUAUGAUUAUAUAUAUGAAUAUAUUUGGUUCUUAAUUAAUUUUGUGAAGUAUCAUUGUA